AGAUCCUAUUAGUUGUGCGAGAGACGUACAGAAGUUUGGAUCUCGCGUUAUUCUCUUGUGUCUAUUAAGUCUGUUUCUGUAUAACUUUGUGUGUAUGUUUAAUAGAUAGUAGAUAUAGUGAUACCAUUAACGAUAUUAUUAUUUUGAAGAAAGUCGAUGAAUGCUUACGGUUUUUAGUGGAAAGCCACGCAUAUGUGCUAUGAAAAAGAUACCUAUGGAUUUAAAAGAAUUUUAAAGCUUGAAUGAUAGUAUUAUGCGCGAUUACCUCCAGAGGCGUAUGUACUAAUUAAACUAAGAGAGAAAAUAUUUUUUUUAAAGUACCAAGGCAAACAGGUUUGUCUUGAUGAGGUUAAUAUAAGCCAUGCGAGUGUAUUUUAUGCAUUUAGCGUCAUCAAUAUAACAUUCAUACAUGUGAUUCUUAACAGUGAAACUGCUAAGGGAUUAUGUAUUUGUUACUGUUAUAAACUACAUGCAAAAUGUUUAAACUUUGAUAUAUUUGAUGUUAAAUGUUCGUUUUGCAAUUGUGAAAAUACAUAUUCGCAUUCACGCACUUUUAUCUUAUUUUUUUGUGAUGUUAAUUGCGAUAAAACACAGUCACAUGUGUCAUGCAGUUGUGGUUGAAAACGAUAUAUGGUGUCAGUUGCUAAGUUUUGAAGUACCAUGGCGAUACCAGUUUGUUAUAAGCUGAAGCCACACUAUGCAAUAGUACAAUUGGGAAAAAGUUUGACGGUCAAUGGUGUAAAUCGAAAGAUAAUAUUUCUUUUAGAAUCGCCGCAGUAACUUAUUUUCAAUCCACAUUUAAUCCGAAUGCUUUUUAACGAUGAAACUUUGUAAAAUGGACCUGGGACAAAUCCAAUUGACCGUGCUGCAUAACAGUGCUAAAUCCUUAUGGCAGGUGUGGAAUGCAGCGGAGAAAAUUAAUCCGAUCAUUUAAGUUAGUUGCUUCGUUAAAGUACUAUCUAGAAGUUAGCCCCGAUGCAUAUUAAUUGCCAAAAUUACACAACUGUUUCGUUCGGGUAGUACACUGUUAUCUUUUAUCCAUAUACCUUGUGACUCGAGGUUCGCACCAAUCCUUGCAUAGCAUAGAAAAAUUAAGGAUCGGGAUCAAUCGAUUAUUUCUGAAAAUUUUUCGCUGACUGUAAAAUUUUAACAUACAUAUAAGAGAUAAGUUAAUUUAAAAAUGUAUUACAUUUUUUCAUCGAUAACUAUAUCUAAAAUAUCUAAAACUAUAUCUAUAUCUAAAAAUAUCUAAAAUAACUAUAUUACAUAUUGAUCAGUUGAUACUCCAUUGUUAAGCUAUACCGAUUGUUAAUCCCCCGUCGAUACUAGUCUAUCACGUACUGAAAACGAUACGCUUCGGAUUACUGGUUAUCGAUAAAACUCAUCAAGAUAAGACGACGUGAUUUAGUCCAGGGGAAAUUCUAGGAACUUUUCGAAAACAAUAAGAGAGACAAAAGAAAUUUUCUAAGCUCCACUCGAAAAGUAAUAUCGUCACGAGUUUAUCACAGAAAAGCUUCAAUGGGUCCUACAGUUCCAAUCAUUCUAUUUUAUACCACGUGAAUUUAAAAUUGUCGAUACAUUACGUGUAUCGCGCCAACGUAUCGUAUAGCUACCGUCAGUAAAUUAUUUCUGCAAUUAGACAUUUUGAUCAAAAGUAUGACUAGCCAGUUGAGUAAUUCCGUACAUAUGCAUAAAUAUGUCACUCUUGAUGUUUGCGUCAUUGUCAGAUAAUUCCAUCAACUAUCCAAUAGAUCAAUAUAUGACUUUUACAGUCUAUCUCUGAUGUGCGUAAAUUGCUUAAUACUAGACAUAACCGGAAGUCCAGCCUCUGAACGUAAAUCCAAGUUAAGGUAGUCACAAGUCCACGGCUCAGGCGGAGACUGCUAAUACCAUGCAGAUUGUAUUGCCAGCCAUAAUUGUCGCUCUGGGAGCAGGACUCUGCAACAUGUCACUGCAAGGACCAAGUAGAAUCGCGCAGCAUCCCUGCGUUCAGAUAGAUGUAGCCGUUAUGUGACGUCACGCACAAACCACGAGAUAUGCGGCUGGGGAUGCAGUUAGUUCCAACCUAAUUGACUUUGGAAGGUAUACCAAAGGACUAGAUAUAAUGCUGUGUGUGAUUUGAUGUUAAUAUUGCACUAUUGAUUACAAUCCUCUAGACAUUUCGUACCGUUGGUACUAGGAUUACCGUGAUAACUGGCGAAAAAACUUUUCAAUCGAGAAAGUCUUUAUGAAGCUUCCAAAACUUAAUCUAGGGCUUUGCCGUCAAAUACAGAUUGGGUUGGUAUGCAAUCUUAUGAUGCUGGGCUGUGGCUUUCAUGAAGGGUGGAGCACAUCAAUGAUCCCAAAACUGGAUGGCAAUGAUCCAACGAUAACCGUAACGCCAGAUCAAGGCUCUUGGAUCAUAAAUUUCAUGUACGUGGGGGUCGGAUUGACUUCGCUAAUCGCACCGAUCUUCAUGGAAAAAAUUGGACGCAAGUGGUCCUUGCUCUCAGGGACGAUACCCCUAACAGCUGGAUGGCUUUUGUUAGCUCUUGGUCAGCAUCACGUGACUCUAUAUAUCGGAAGAUUCCUAGCAGGUCUCGGCUGUGGUAUUGCCUAUUCCAUCACACCCGUUUACAUAGGUGAAAUCAGUAGCAAAAAGACCAGAGGUCCAUUGGGUACCAUGACAGCCGUUCUUAUAAACACUGGAAUGCUAAUUGUCUCCGUCAUUGGUUUACACGUCAGCCGAUUUACUUUGGGCAUUAUUUCCGUCUGGUUACCAAUAAUCUUUGCACUGACCUUUGUCUGGAUGCCAGAGAGUCCACUCUUCCUCGCUAGAACAAACAGAUUAACGGAGGCUGAGCGGGCACUCAAAUGGUCCUUAGGUAAGGACAAUGUGCUCGAGGAACUUCAGCAGAUCGAACGUACUAUCUCAAAAGACAAAACGCACACUGUCGGCAUCUUGAUUUCCUUCAAAAGAAUUAGCGAGCGGGUCAACCGUAAAGCCUUUGGCAUUAUUAUUAUUCUGCUAUGUGCCUUAAGCUUUACCGGAGCGACCCCGAUCCUUGCUUAUCAGUCGUAUAUAUAUGAGGAAGCUGGAUUUGAUGUCUCUACUAAUGCCAGCAUCCUCGUUACCGGCUGCGCUGUUGUAAUUGCUGGUAUUUGUUGUGUCUGCGUGGUCAAGAUUACCGGCAAAAAGACUCUGCUUCUCAUAGCUAUGCCUCUCUGUGCCGUUUCAUUGGGAACCAUUGCCAUUUUCUUCACUUUCUGGUCCUACAGAAUCGACAUGCCUAACUUCAGAUGGAUCCCUACGGUUUUUGUAGUUAUCUUUGUUGUGGCCUAUGGUCUUGCCAUCAAUCCCAUACCUCUUGCUUAUGCAGGGGAAAUAUUCGCUCCUGAUGUCAAAUUGCCAGCUGCCAUGUUCUGCUCAAUAUUUUACUCAGUGUCUACCACCGUGGUGACUAAAUUGUAUCAGGUUUUACGUGAAACGUAUGGGACCUAUGUACCCAUGUGGACGUUGGCUAGUUUGACGAUUGUUAUUUGGAUAUUUAUUUACUUGUAUGUACCGGAAACGGAAGGGAAGACCUUGGAAGAUAUUCAAAAGGAAAUGGCGGGGCAGGACAAGAAGCCAACUGAUGCUAGUGUCAUUAAUAGCUGAGCGUCAGUAAUAUCUCGUUUGACGUCACGCUGACAGCCUCGGUCACUUAUCUCACUAGUAAUGUAUGGAGAUAAAUAUAUCAUAUAACACAUGAAGUUGAGUUGAUUAAAUAAAAAGUAUUAAAUUCA